AACCCUUUUGUAAGCGUUUGGGAAGGAUCGUUAGUGACAGCCGGCCCUCCCAAUCUUCCAUCCAUCGCCACGGGAUGGUGCGAUGUAAUCCGUUUAAAUAGUCGACGGACUUAGAGACAAGAGGAUCCAUAUUGGGCUGUCCUGUCGGCUUUACAAAUGAGCGACCGAUGCAGUCAUUAAAAGAUCGAAACGAAAAGGGCGAUCGGGCCGAAGAAGACAUAGACGAAGCGACGACGUGUAAAUCGGGGCCCGUGCGUGGGUUCCAGUGCGCUGGCGCAAGCGCCAACUGUUGGAAGCAUCCAAGACAAACAAGCAAACUGAAAGUACACACCCCAGAUGAGGGCGGCCGACGUGUAUUACCCGGGUCAUUCUUAUCCUCUGGCCGGUUAUUUGGUGAGCUCCUGCUUAAAGGGAAAGAACCAUAUCGAGUUUGAUGAGAUCUAGCCGUGCACGAAUUGGCUACAGGGUUCGCGCUAAGGACAGCAGCAAAACAGAUAACAAGGUGACGUCGUACAUAUCCAGUUUUGUUGCCGAUCAAUUGCUUUUUGAGAGUUUCGAGUGGGUGAUCAAUUUCCCUUGUUAGCAACAGAGCUCCGCGUUUAGCCUUCAUCUUUUCGGUUCAAAAUCUCCGUUAGCGGUUCACCAUAAUCCAAUCAGGGGAAGACUUCUUGACAUUUAUGGAAGUGGGAUAAACAUCAAUCCCUAGAUCCAGCAAAGAAUGCCUAUUGAUUUCGGGAAGUGAAUCAAAAACUACUGUAUCGACGACGCGAAAUACAAAAGAAAAACGAAAGACAACUUUGCGGCGCCAACCUAAAUCUGCAGUGCUGUGGCGUGAAUCAUGGCUAACGUUGCACAACUGAUACGUCGUCAGAGCAGUCGUGAGCUUCUCCGAGUACCUCUCGAUCGUUUGGAGCUUCGCGAAUUACAACAUCGACUUCUACCGGCUCCUGGUGACCAAGCCACUGCCGGCCCAGCACUCUACGGAACGACUAACGCUGCCUUUGUUGAAGAUGGCACGUCUCCGUCAUCAUCCGUCAUCCAACAACAGCAUUUAGGCUCAGGAUCGAGUGGAACGUCUGGUGUCCCGUCAUCAGCAGCCGCUCGGAAUCGUUUGACUAGUUUGGAUCGGAUCGAUGAAAAGGAAGAGCACAACAAUGGAGCAUCGUGUGGUGCCGGUAUUAUUACUACUUUGGAUAAAGUCGAUGCCACUGUAGGUCAGGAUCCGCCCGGAGUCGAUCCUUCGUCUGGCGAUGAACGUGAAAAUUGGGACAGCAAACUUUCUUUCCUUCUGGCUACCAUCGGCUACGCUGUCGGUCUCGGAAAUGUGUGGAGGUUCCCUUAUUUGGCCCAGAAAAAUGGCGGAGGUGCUUUCCUUAUUCCGUACGCGAUCAUGUUGGCAGUGGAGGGAAUGCCAAUUGUAUUCCUGGAACUUGCUAUCGGUCAGCGUCUCCGCAAAGGAGCUAUCGGUGUCUGGGCUCAGAUUUCGCCAUAUCUGGGCGGGAUCGGCAUCGCUUCCACAGUUGUCUCGUUCAACGUAGCACUUUACUACAACACUAUCAUCGCUUGGUGUCUGUACUACCUCUUCCAGAGUUUUCAAUAUCCAUUGCCCUGGUCGGAAUGCCCUAAAGAGUACUUUGAAAAUGGAUCGUACAUCACCAACAUGGAGUGUAAAAGAAGCAGCCCUACGCAGUACUUUUGGUAUAGAGAAACGCUGGACAUAUCGCCUGAUAUCAACACACCUCAGAGUUUCAACUGGAAAAUUACCUUGUGCCUAUUUAUCGCCUGGUUUUUAGCUUACCUGUGCAUGGCAAAAGGAAUCGCGUCUUCCGGAAAGGUGGUCUACAUAACAGCCACGUUUCCGUACAUCGUUUUAAUCAUCUUUUUUGUUCGAGGAAUGACGCUGCACGGCAUGGCUGACGGAUUGGCUCAUCUCUUUACUCCAAAGUGGGAAAAACUGGCGGAUCCAGUCGUCUGGCUUGAAGCUGGAACACAAAUCUUCUUUUCGCUCGGUUUGGCUUUUGGCGGAUUAAUCGCCUUUUCGUCGUAUAAUCCAGUCAGCAAUCAUUGCUACCGCGACGCCAUCCUCGUCUCGCUCACCAAUUUCUUUACGUCUAUGUUUGCAGCAGUUGUCAUCUUUUCCGUCAUCGGAUUCAAAGCGCGGAUGACGUACGAGAACUGCCUGGAGACUCAAAAUCAAACAUUAGGGCGUCUCUUCGAUACGACCAUCAUUGGAGCGAACGAAUUGGCUAGUGACACCGUGGGAGCCGACGGACGUCAAUUAAGUCUAGUCCUACAGGAGAUGCCCGUCUGCGACCUACAGCAAGAACUCGACAAUACGGCAUCAGGCACGGGAUUGGCUUUCAUCAUUUGCACAGAAGCCGUCAAUCAGUUCCCGCUGGCUCCCCUCUGGUCGGUCCUCUUCUUCUUGAUGCUGCUCACGCUCGGUAUCGAUUCGCAGUUUGGCACACUCGAAGGCGUCAUCACGUCCAUCGUUGACCUCAAAAUCUUCCCACGUGUACGCAAAGAGAUACUCACAGCUUCGUUGUGCGGAUUCUGCUGCAUCCUGUCGAUCAUUUUCACGCACGGUGCCGGCAAUUACAUCUUCACCCUGUUCGACGACUUCAGCGGCAAUGUUCCUUUGCUCAUUAUUGCAUUUUUCGAGUGUAUCGCCGUCUCUUAUUUCUACGGUCUCAAUCGAUUCGCAAACGAUAUUGAACUGAUGACAGGGUCGCGUCCUGGUAUCUACUGGAUGAUGUGCUGGAAGUAUCUUUCCCCGCUAACGAUGAUGAUCAUCGUCAUUGCCAGUUUUGCUAAAAUCAUCGUCGAAGGCAGCGGGUAUCUGGCGUGGGUGGCUGAAACAGGAACCACCCGCCACCUAGAAUGGCCUCCUUGGGCGCAAGUGCUCAUUGCCAUCUUGGUUUUAGUCUCUGCCCUUUGGAUUCCUGGUAUUGCAGUCGCUAGAAUGUUUGGCUGUCAACCGCUAGCCGAUGAGCCACCUGCCUGGUUUCCGGCUAAAGAACUACGUGAAUUCCGCAAACUGGACGUCCGCCACGAACCCUCGACCAUGGAGAAAUUUCUGUUUUGCAUCCAUGAGGAUGGCAGUGAAGGAUUGUGUUGUCCGACCUCUUCAUCAUCGCAGUCGAAAGCUAAUAGUCCGUGAAAAAUCCCAUCCGUAAUGUAUAGGCCAUUACAUCAGCAGGUAGGAUUUCUUUUUCCAUGUAAAUUCGUGAAGCGAAUCGUGAAUCCUAUCCUGAAUAGGUUGUGUUUUGGUGCUAUCUUAGAUAGUUCAGAUCGGGUCAAUUUUUCCUCCCUUCUUCUCAUUUUACUCCUUGUCUGUUUCUCUGUUGAGCUUCGUUCCUCCAUUAUAGUUCUCCGCUUCAGGCUUUCAGAUGAGAUUUAAUAGCUGUCUUCAAAUUUUUUUUUUUUCGUCCCCAAAAAAUCGAUACAUCGUUGUUUUCAUGAACAGGAUCCCGUCUCCAGUUAUAUUGUUGGGUGGUUCAAACGUCAGUGAAGCGUUAGGUCAUUUAUAGCUGACAGCAACAUCUGGAUUUUUCAGAGUGUACACACAGAAGCAAUUUGGUGCCGUUCUUCUCUAAAGGGCAAAUAAUGAACAAAAGCUAGAUUAAUGUACUGUAAAAGGAUUAGUUUUCCUCUUUCUCCCGCCGUUUUCCAGAUCGAUGCAACCAAAAUUGCUGUGUUUCGUCUUUACAUCGAUAUCGCUCUCUAUUCUCUUUUUUAUCUUGACUCAUUCUGCCUGACUCUGCUCGCCGACUGUCCAGUCAGUCACUUUGUUCAAUCACAUAUUGAUCGAUCGGUCGCUUACCUCACGCCUAGCAACGUUAGGUUGUGCGAAUCAACAGCCGCCCCUGACCGGAGUCGAUGCGAAAGUCUUGACCAUCAUGUUUGGAUUGUUUUCCUUUCUUUAAGUUAUUGAAAGAAAUGAAAAGAAUAAGCUGUUGCUGUUGCUGUGAUGUGUGUUCUCUUCAUAAUCCGCUUGUUCCGCCUUCCUUCGUCAUAAGAGAAGGAAUGGUUGUUGACACUCUAGUGUGUGUUGCAUCACUCGUUAGGCGUUGUGAAUCUCAAGUUCAUUAAGUUGUUGUCGGCAAAUAAUUAUUUUCUUCAUUUCGGUUAAUGAUUCCAAUUGAUUUGUAGCGUCGUCUAUGUGAUUGGUUUCUCGAUCCGAUUUCUCUACUGCAUUACCACUGAUUAUACUGUACGUGGAAUCGAUAACAGCACAAAAACAAUAUCAUGCGUGUUUUUUAGACUUGUUUGCGGGUUUCGUCCAGCUCUGGAACAAUAGAAACGAAAAAUAAAAAAACACAAAUGUUUGUAGAAUUAA